AUUGGUGCAAGGCUAAGGCCAACACAUGGAUGCUUUGGACCAGUUGGCUUACCUUAAAACAAAUAAUCAUUUCCGUAUAAAUAGAGUUCGGAAGUUUAGUCUGGUUAAUAUUCGACAAACAACGAUGGAAUUCAUCAUCUCAGUUGUGCUGGCAGUAGUUGUAGGACUUUGCGAUGGGCAAACAACAAACUACUGUGACACAUCUCUGUGUCCCAACGGUGGCCCUCAUAUCGCGUGCAAUGGGUUGACCACUCUGAGCAGCACCUGUGGUGCAGGCUCUUUCGAAGUGACCAUGAACAGUACCAACCAACAGCUGAUUGUCGGUCUUCACAAUCAACUGCGCAGCAAGGUUGCCUCGGGACAGCAGGUCAACCGCACGGGCACUUAUUUCAAACAAGCUGCCAAGAUGGCUACAUUGCAAUGGGACACGGAAUUGGCCAACAUUGCUGCCGCCAACGCCAGACGCUGCGUGUAUGGGCAUGAUAAGUGUCGAAACACGGCUACCAUGAAGUACGUGGGUCAGAACAUCGCCUACCAGGCGUACUACGGAAUGAGCUUCACAGACAAUCAGCUUUUGAGCGGUUUCAUCAACAGUUGGUUCAGCGAGGCAGAGAACACAACCACACAGUAUCUUGCCAGUUAUCCAUCGAAUUAUAAUGGUCCGGCCAUUGGUCAUUUCACCCAGAUCGUUUCGGAUCGCACGAGUAAGGUCGGAUGCUCCAUGGUGAGCUAUGUCCGUAGCCCUUUCACUUACAAGUACUUCGUCUGCAACUAUGGGCUUACGAACAUCGUCAAUCAGCCGGUUUACGCGGCUGGAAAUGCUUGCUCUGGAUGUACCACUGGUUGCAACGCCAAUUAUCCCGGUCUAUGCAGCACAGCUGAAGUGGUUAAAAAUAAUCCUUGAGAGGGAAACACACCUCGGAAGUUUUUACAAUUACUUUAAAGUUGAGAUUGCACGUUUCAAAGCAAACUAUAAUAAUAAAUGUUUUAGAUCACAAAUCUGAAA